AUGAAGAGUUCAAAACCCCUCCUCCACCUCCUUAAACCCCAAACCCCCAAAUCCAACUCCCCCUUGUUCCUCCUCACCCACCACCUCUGCACCAAUCCCAUCUCCAAUCCUCACCACGACGACGACGACGACUACGACGACUCCCUCGUAACCCAAGUCCUCCAACUCCUCCAACCCAAUGAGCAACACUGGAACUUCCCCCAACUCCAAACCCUCCUCUUCCCCAACUCCACCUCCUCUCCUUCACCCCGCUCCCUCCUCCACAUCACCCGCCGGCUCGCCUCCCCCAACAAAGCCCUCAAAUUCUUCGAUUUCGUCUCCCAGAAUCUCACCCCUCAGGACCCUCCAAAGGCCUUGCUCUCCUCCUCAUUCCAGGCCCUUGUGGAGCUCACAUUGCGACAACCCCCCUCCGAAACGAACCUUUAUGAGCUCUACAAGAUGGCCAAGGAUCGAAACGUUCCGAUUAGUCCCAAGGCCGCAGGGCUGCUUGUCCAGUCCAUGGGGAGGGCUGGGAUGGAGGAGGAGGCUCUAAUAGUGUUUAAUGAACUCGAGUCGGGGUUGAAAACUACUCAUAUUCGCAAUGUGGUAAUUGGGAUGUCGCUGAAAAUGGGGCGUGUUGAUGGUGCACUGAAGGUGCUCGACGAAAUGCUUGACCCAGAAGCAAAUUUCCAGGUUGAUGAGUAUACUGUUGAUGUUGUGGUUGGCUUGUUUUUAAGGGGAGAGAUUAGAGGGAGGAGUGUCAGUGAGGAGGAAAUUGCGGAGUUGGUGUCGAAAUUUGGUGGGCGUGGCGUGUUUCCUAAUAGCAUGGUACUUACGAAAUUGGUGAGUGGUUUGUGUAGGAACAGGAAGGUUAGUCUUGCUUGGGAUGUUUUGCAUGAUGUCAUGAAGAAGGGUGGUGCUGUAGAGGCUGCUCCAUACAAUGCGCUGUUGUCGGCUUUGGGGAGAGGGAAUGAGUUUAAGAGGAUGAGGGAGCUUAUGGCGAAGAUGGAAGAGAUGGGGAUUAAGCCCAAUGUUAUAACUUUUGGUAUUCUUAUUAAUCGGUUAUGCAAGUCUAGGAGAAUAGGUGCUGCCAUGGAGGUGUUUGAAAAGAUGAGUGGAGGAGUAAAGGGGGUUUCGGCUGAACCGGAUGUGGUCAUCUAUAACACUCUGAUUGAUGGACUUUGUAAAGUGGGAAGGCAAGAAGAAGGUUUGCGUUUGAUGGAAAAGAUGAGAUCUCAAAGUGGCUGUGCUCCUAAUACUGUUACCUAUAAUAUUUUGAUUGAUGGUUUCAACAAAGUUGGGGACAUUGAGAAGGGCCAUGAGCUCUUUGAUAAAAUGAAGGAAGAAGGGAUACCAAUGAAUGUCUCCACCCUCAAUACUAUGCUUGAUGGUCUGUCCAGGCGUGGGAGACUCAACACUGCACUUGAGUUCUUUAACGAAAUGGAGAGGAAAGGUUUGAAAGGCAAUGCUGUCACUUACACAAUCUUAAUCACUUCCUUUUGUAAUGUGACCAAUAUUCGCAAGGCAAUGGAGUUGUUUGAUCAGAUGUUGAGCUCUGGGUGUCCCACUGAUGCAAAAGUUUACCACUGCUUGAUUUCUGGUUUAAGCCAAGCCGGAAGGAUGGAGGAUGCCAGCUUUGUUGUCUCAAAGAUGAAGGAGGCUGGGUUCUCCAUGGAUAUCGUUUCUUACAAUGGGAUGAUUCGUGGGUUCUCCAGUAAAAAUAAGCCUGAUAAGAUUCAUGAGAUGAUUGAGGAAAUGGAGGUGUCUCGAGUGAAGCCUGAUAGCGUAACAUACAACACCUUGCUUGCCUACUUAGGCAAAUCUGGGGACUUUGAAAGUGCACAUAAAGUACUUGACAGGAUGCUGAGUGAGGGUAUUGUUCCCACUGUUGUCACUUUUGGUACAUUGAUUCAUGCACAUUGCUUGGAUGGUGAUAUCGAAAAAGCCAUGAGAAUCUUCAGAGACAUGGGAUCUAACUCAAAGAUACCUCCGAAUACUGUAAUCUACAAUGAUUUAAUCAAUUCUCUUUGCAAGAAGAAUGAUGCGGAACAAGCUCUUUCUUUGAUGGAGGACAUGAAAAAAAAGGGGGUGAGACCUAAUACCCAAACAUUCAAUGCCCUGUUCAAAGGCCUUAGAGAGAACAAUUUAUUAAAGAAGGCAUUUCAAUUUAUGGAUCAAAUGGUUGAAGAGGACUGUAAUCCUGAUUAUAUAACGAUGGAGAUUCUUACCGAAUGGCUUCCUGGUGUUGGUGAAAUAGAGAGGUUGAGAAAGUUUGCUCAAGGAUAUCCGGUUUCGGAGCCUCAGCCCCAACAGAAGGAUGGGAUAGUCGCAUUGUAA